AUGGUACCCCUGGACAGCCCUUCUCUUGCUGUUUGUGCCUCCAGCAACCUGCACCUCAUGGCCCCUGGCCGCAGCUCCCCCCUGGCCUGGCUGAACCGGGGUCCCGAGUGCCAGCGGGAGCUGGGAGGCAGCCGGGGCAGGACCCCCAGCGCCGUGGAGCGGCUGGAGGCCGACAAGGCCAAAUACGUCAAAUCGCAGCAGGUCAUCAACAGCCGGCAGGAGCCGGCGCUGCGGGGCUGCUCCCCUCGCUUCUCGCCCCGCGGCCGGCGCCUCCUGGCCCGCCAGCAGUGCAACGAGCUGUGCCCGGCCUCGGAGCUGGGCCGGGAGGGUGCCAGGAAGCUGCCGUGCCCCCAGUCUCCCGUGUCGCGCCGGGCCGGUGGCAGGCGCCUGCUGAGACCUGACUCCCUCAUCAUCUACCGGCAGAAACGAGACUGCCCGGCCGGGGACAAGGAGAACACCAAGGGCUCCGGGCUGGUGCGACGCCUCUUCCAGGGACCCCUCAGAGACAAGCCCCCCAGCUCCCCCCCGGCCAGCAGGCUGGGUGAGGGACCUCCAGCCCGCCAGAGCCCCGAGACGCCCAUGCUGUGGGUGCCCGCGGAGGAGGAGGCGAGGACGCAAGGUGCCAGCAGCAGCAGCGGGGGCAUCUUCGCCCUGCCUGGCAGCCCCACGGCGCAGGCCUCCCAGCCCCCCAGCAAGCAGGCGCUGGCGCUGCGCCUAUCGGAGCAGGAGAGGUUCUUCAACUACUGCGGGCUGGACCGGGCGCUGGUGGAGCUUCUGGGCCGGGAGCGGUUCGGGCCGGCCGGCUGGGACACCGCCUCGGCUCGGCUCCCCGGCUCCGGCGACUCCGAGCCCGGGCAGGCCUCGGAGGGCAGCGAGGGCGCCGCGGGGCCAAGCGAUGAGGAGCCGGAUGCCCGGCUGGGCUCCACCGUCUCGGUAGUGGAACGCAACGCCCGGGUCAUCAAAUGGCUCUACGGCUGCCAGAGAGCCUGGGCGGCUGCCAAGGAAUCCACCGUCUAA